AUGCCACUAACAUGGUCGAUGCGCACUGUGCACCUUUCAUCCUUCUCCACAUGCUCUCUGCUGCUCGACCAAGCUGCCAUGUACCUACAUAAUAAUGUCCCCCGCUGCCCAUCUCCACACAACCACCAACACCACACACCACGUUCCUUACCCGCUUCACUACACCUCAACGUCUUGGAUCCCAUACCACCGUCUGUCUCACGUGGGUCUGUGCCUUCCACCAGCUCUUGCAACACCCAUAGUCCCUGGCCACAUCCUCGUCACUCACCACACAGAGGCAGAGCCCUUUCAUCAGCCUUGUUCCCGAGCUACAGUGGUCCGUGA